GAGGAUAAAAGUGAUGAAGAUAAUGACAGCACAAAAAUGCACCAAGUUACUUAUAAUAAAACACUGAGUGCUAUAGAUUUGCUAAAACAGUACCUUCUGCAACAGGAUCUCUGUGAUACAACCAGGUCAAAACAUGAUGAAGUUUGGUCAGACUUGCAAGAAGUGAUUAAAAAAUUACGAAGGACAUCUUUCAGACAACUAGAUCUUGAAAUAUUUUUUGGGCUGGCUAAUUAA